GCAUGUGUCGGGGAGAAGUCACUCAAUAAAUCUCACAGUAAGACAUCUGUCAACAUCUCAGGAUAUCACACGCAGGGUCCAGAGCUCAGCCGCCUGUCAAAGCGUACAAGUGUCCAACUUUUCUCUAUCAAGAUGUCAAACUCGGGAGGUCGCAGACUGAAGCAGUGGCUGGUGGAGCAGAUCCAGAGCGGCCAGUACUCUGGACUGCAGUGGGAGGAAGAACGCCGCACAAUGUUCCGAAUUCCGUGGAAACACGCAGGGAAACAGGAUUACAACCAAGAAGUAGACGCGUCCAUUUUUAAGGCCUGGGCUGUGUUUAAAGGCAAGUUUAAGGAGGGGGACAAAGCUGAGCCUGCAACAUGGAAGACCAGACUCCGCUGUGCCCUGAAUAAAAGCCCUGACUUUGAGGAGGUAACAGACAGGUCGCAGCUGGACAUCUCUGAGCCCUAUAAAGUCUACCGCAUUGUGCCCGAGGAAGAACAGAAGCAUGGCAAAAGUUCUGUGAUGUCCAUAACAGCUCCCGCCAGCUCUGGUGAUAUUACUGAUAUGGACUGCAGCCCUGAAAUAGACGAGCUCAUUAAAGAGGAGGAUGGCUGCAGUAUCCAGGCCAGUCCGGAGUAUUGGUCUCAGGGCAUCAAUACUUUCCCUCUGCAUCAGGACCCUUUGCCGUCAGGAAAUGUCAGCUCAGCGUUCUCCCAGAUGAUGAUCAGUUUCUACUAUGGAGGAAAGCUGAUUCACACCACACAGGUUACUCAUCCUGAAGGCUGCCGGAUCUCCCCACAGCAGCACCUGGGUCGUGGGGCCCUAUACAGUUCUGACAGCAUGCAGAGUGUUCCUUUUCCUCCCGCUGAGCAUAUUGAGUACGAGCGCCAGCGCCAGGUCACACGCAAACUCCUGGGCCACCUGGAGAGAGGUGUACUGGUCCGUGCCAACCAAGAGGGCAUCUUCAUCAAAAGGCUGUGCCAGAGCCGUGUCUUCUGGUGCGGGCAGGGGGAAGUGGGCUCACAAUACAGCCCAAUGCCUUCUAAACUUGAGAGGGAUGCUGUGGUCAAGAUUUUUGACACAGGAAAGUUUCUACAAGCUCUGCAGUUGUACCAGGAGGGUCAGUUUCCUGCUCCUGAUCCAACAGUGACUCUGUGUUUCGGAGAGGAGCUCCAUGAUCUCAAUAAUGCCAAGAACAAACUGAUCAUUGUGCAGAUCACUGUGGUGAACUGCCAGCAUCUGCUGGAAGCAGUAAAUAUGCGGCGCUCCCAGCCAUACUGCAACAACCCAAACCUUGAGAUGUCUGAUAACUUGGCCAGUGACCAGAUGGCCCGCAUCUACCAGGACUUGUGCAGUUAUAGCGGCCCCCAGAGGCCAGCCUGCUACAGGGACAACAUGCCCAUCACUGCCUGAACUGUGAGCAGAGGCACACAGGAGCUCUUCAGCAUGUACAGGACUGAAUGUACAGCAUAUUAGGGACAUUCCUUAUUUUUCUGACAUAUACUCAUAAGGUAAAUUCAGAUAAAAUCCAGUUUCACAAUAAGGAUUUUAAAAAUUAUAUUUUUUAAAAUGCUAAUCACAGUAGAGAUAUAAAUUUGGUGUUGCCCAUAAAGUUGGAAUAAUUUUAUUUUUAGACACACAAUCCUGUUUUCUCCUAUUUAAAUGCAUCGCUUUGGAAGACUGAUUAAUAACAUUUUGAGAAGCUAUACACCUUAUCUGUUAGGAAUAAAUCAAUCAAUUUUCACAAUAAUUUCAUGGAAAGAGGUAAAAAAAAAUUAUAUUCCAACUUUAUAAGCAACCAUGUAAAAGGAGUAGCAAAACUCUUCCAGUAAGACUUAUAAGCUGCAUCUCAGCACUAUGAUGUCCCUAAUAUUUUGUAUAUCGGUGAUUUUUUUAAAGCCUAACUUCUGCUUUUUUAUUGGAGCAUUUUCCAUCAGCUUAAUAGAAAAGUGGUUUAUUAUUUCAUAUUUUACAUGGUGUUGCGAGAAUAAAUUCAUUAUUUUCUUAACAAAUCUUCCUCAAUCAUAUCUCUAAAGACUGCUCAAAGCCUCAUUAAUAACAGUUUGAUAUAAGACUUUUUGUUCUCUAAGAAGAAUUGUGUUUUGAAAUUCAUAAUCAUUUUUGUUUU